AUGGCGUCCUCUACCCCUGCCUCGGGCAUUAAGAAGAUCAAGGUGGUGAACCCUGUGGUCGAGCUUGAUGGUGACGAGAUGACUCGCAUCAUCUGGCAGACCAUCAAGGACAAGUUCAUCCACCCCUACCUCGACAUUGACCUCAAGUACUACGACCUCGGUCUCGAGUACCGUGACGAGACUAACGACCAGGUCACUCUCGAUGCCGCCGAGGCCAUCAAGAAGUACUCGGUCGGUGUCAAGUGCGCGACCAUCACCCCCGAUGAGCAGCGUGUCGAGGAGUUCAAGCUCAAGAAGAUGUGGCUCUCGCCUAACGGCACCAUCCGCAACCACCUCGGUGGAACCGUCUUCCGUGCUCCCAUUGUCAUUCCCCGUAUUCCCCGUCUCGUACCCAGCUGGAAGCAGCCCAUCAUCAUCGGCCGUCACGCCUUCGGUGACCAGUACCGCGCCAAGGACCGCGUCAUUGAGGGCGAGGGCACUCUCGAGAUGGUCUUCACCCCCAAGGGCGGCGAGCCCCAGACCAUUAAGGUCUACGACUUCCCUGCUGGCGGAGGUGUCGCCCAGACCCAGUACAACACUACCGAGUCCAUCUCCGGCUUCGCACACGCUUCCAUGAAGCUUGCGCUCGACAAGAAGCUGCCUCUGUACAUGAGCACCAAGAACACUAUCCUGAAGGCCUACGACGGCAAGUUCAAGGACGUCUUCCAGGAGAUCUACGACAACCAGUACAAGAAGGACUUCGAGGCUGCCGGCAUCUGGUACGAGCACCGUCUGAUCGACGACAUGGUCGCCCAGAUGAUCAAGAGCGAGGGUGGCUACAUCAUCGCCAUGAAGAACUACGACGGUGACGUCCAGUCCGACAUCGUUGCCCAAGGUUUCGGCUCUCUCGGUCUCAUGACCUCCGUUCUCAUCACCCCCGACGGCAAGACCUUCGAGGCCGAGGCCGCCCACGGCACCGUCACUCGCCACUACCGCGAGCACCAGAAAGGCAACGAGACCUCCACCAACCCCAUCGCCUCCAUCUACGCCUGGACACAGGGUCUCUCCAAGCGUGGUGAGCUCGAUAACACCCCCGAGCUCGUCGUCUUCGCCGAGCAGCUCGAGAAGGCCUGCAUCGAUACCGUCGACGUUGAUGGCAUCAUGACCAAGGAUCUUGCACUUGCGUGCGGAAAGAAGGACAGGGGCAGCUGGGUCACAACGAACGAGUACCUUGAUGCCGUUGAGAGGAGGCUGAAGACCAGCUUGAAGGAGAAGUUGUAA